AUGCAUAUGGAUCUCCGCUCAAAGUCGCAACCAAACGGAUCCCAUCUCCACAUGGCCAUCGCUCACCUUUUUCGACUCUCUACUCCGUCCGUGAGCUCCGCACUGCAUACCCCUACUUGUGCGUACAACUUCUCGACGUCCCAUUAUCUGAUCAGAACCCUGCAAGUUCCUUCGUGUACCUCCAAGUCUUCGCUCCCUCAUUGGACCGCCACCCUGCCGAUCCUGCAUCUCGCUGCCUCGCUACGGACACACCCGUGGAACCUCGCAUGGAAAUCCCGUGGAACCUCGCCGCCCGGCUGGCAACGGUCAGCCGUACCAGCAACUGCAACUGCGGCAUGCAUCGACACCUACCUCCACCUACCUACCACCCCGUGUCGUUCGUGCGUCCGUCUGUACGAGUCCGAGCCCGAGCCCGAGCAGGUGGACGGUACGAGGGCGAGUACUGGGCCUCGUUUCAUCGGCGAGAUUGGAUCAGAAGAUCGUCGGGUCAUGGGAUGCAUGGCCGCCGCCGCAGCACGCACCGCCAUCGUACAUUUGCCCUCCCCGCCGACGAAUACCCUUAUCCUGCAGCUGCCGGUGCCAAGCUGUCCUACCAUGCCCGCGGAAUCGCCGUCGGACGCAUCGCGGACAGGCACUGAUGGUCGACGAAACUUGAAGAAGAGUUGA